AUGGAUAAUCACACAUCCAUGUUUCUUCUCUGGGAAUUCUCAAAGAUUUGGGAGCUACAGAUUAUGUAUGCAGCUUUGCUACUGAUAUUGUAUUUAAUGACAGUAACAGGGAACCUGCUCAUCAUCUCUGCUGUUGGUUUUGACCGCCACCUUCACAGCCCCAUGUACUUCUUUGUGAUGAACUUAGCCAUGCAGGACAUUGGUUCAGUUUCAGUCAUUGUCCCCAGAGCUGUUUUAAAUUCUGUUAUGAAUAUCAGGCAUAUUUCCUAUUCAGAGUGUGUUGCUCAAGUCCUCUUUUUUGUCUUCUUUCUUGGCUCUGAUGUUGCUCUUCUGACUGUCAUGGCCUAUGAUCGGUACGUUGCCAUUUGCAAUCCUUUACAAUAUGAAAUGAUAAUGAACAGAAAGUCCUGCACCAAAAUGAUUGGCAGUGUGUGGAUUGCCAGUUUUGUCAAUGCUGCAUUGCACACUAUUGCAACAUUUACUGCGCCUUUCUGUUCUAACAUUAUCAAUCAGUUCUAUUGUGAAAUCCCACAUCUACUUAAGAUUAUCUGCUCUGGUUUAUAUGUAAUUGAAUUUGGAAUUCUAGUGUUUACUGCUAUAUUAGUAAUUGGUUGUUUUUUCUUCAUUGUUCAUACUUAUGUUCAAAUUUUUUCUGCUGUUCUGAGAAUCCCUUCUGUUCAAGGAAGGAAAAAGGCCUUCUCCACUUGCCUACCUCACUUCAUUGUCAUCACCGUAUUUUUGUUUACUGCUUGCUUUGCUAAUCUAAGAUCCAAAUCUGACAAUCCUUCACACCUGGAUUUUGUAAUUACAAUAAUGUAUUCCAUUAUUCCACCCAUGCUAAAUCCACUAAUCUACAGUAUGAGAAACAAAGAUAUGAAAGUUGCUCUUUCAAGGUUUCUUGGCCUGAGGGCAUUUAUUUUCUAA